AUGUUGAUCAGCGCUCAGAAUAGCACAGCUGACAUGCACUUCACAACCACUAUCGGCCUGGCAGGACUGGCCAUCCAUCAUGCAUCUGCAACCUUUGGCCACCACGGAUGGGAUACUACCUCCCAAUACUCCACUCCUGACAACACCGACAAUAAGUGCAGUGACAACCAGAAGACUGGCUACAACUGGGCUGACCUUUCCACCGGCUCGUUUGACUCCUACGGCGGCAACAAAUUCAGCAACUGGUCCUGUACAAACUCCUUUGGCAAACGUGACCUCCUCUCCAGACGUAGUUUCCAGGAUAAAUGCAUCUCCUCCAACCUCGACGAUCAUCCCUCCAUCGGCUGCAACGGAGAUGAUGCCAUGUCCAUCGACAAGUACCAAGUCUCUUCUAGCGAGGAUGCCGACAUUGAAUGCCACUACGAGAUGCCCGACAAGAGUGUGUGCAAGGAGUACCAUUCUUGCAAAGCUGGCGGGAUCGAAAUCCAGAACAGUCAGUGUGGUGGAGCCAAGAGUGUGACGUUUAAGCCGGCGGAGAGCUACAAGGGGAAGGGUUGCAGUAUUGGUGUGCACAGUAUUGAGUUCAAUUGUGGUUCCGCUUCGAGCAAGGUUCCUGAGUAUUCUUCGACUUCGACUUCGAUUUCGACGGCUGCGGCUUCGACGCCUGUUGCGUAUUCGACCACGAGCUCGGUAGCACCUGUUGAGACGUCCUCUUGCGUGAGAGGGUAUGGAUCUUCCUGCUCUGCGGAGUCGUCUCCCGUCUCCUCCUCGAAAUACAGCUCACCGGUGAGCUCGCUAUCGACGACCUCCGAAGGUGCUCCGAGCUACCCUUCAUCUUCGGAAACCAAGCCGGUAGAGUCUGUUCCAACAUACGGCAGCUCCGAGAAUUCGCCUGCGACAGCUCCGGUCUACAGCAGUAGUGCUGUCCACAACAGUAGCAUAGCGUACAGUAUUCCGGCUUAUCCGUCAUCAAGCUCCGUCGGGUCCUCGACUACUAUCCCUUCAACGCCAAGCGCUACUAUCGGAGUCACGUCCUCCUCGACUGCCGCUGCGACGACCCCAUCUUCACCACCAAACUAUCCUCCGCCUAGCUCUCCGGACCUCCUUCCUCGCUGCCUCAACACCUGGCUCCACACCGUCUCCUGCAAAGAUAAUACCGAUUACUCUUGCUUCUGCAAGAACAUAAACUUCAUCACAAAGGUCUACGGCUGCCUCUCUUCCUGGUCCCAAUCCGCAGACAACACCACCAAUGGCGUCUCUUACCUCGUGGGUCUCUGCGCGCCAUACAUCCCCUCCAACCCAGCGAUCAUCACAGGCUGUCCAUCGAGCGUCAUGCCGGCUGUCUAUACCCCUCCAGCGUUGCCUCCCCCACCCAGCGAGGCGUCACCCGUGACCACCCAGCCUGCCACCCAACCCGCCCCUCCUCCCUGCACGACAAUCACCUACUCCUCCGAAGUCGUCAUCCACGCCACGGACUCUGCCUCCGCCAGCGCCAUCACAACAACCAUCCUCACGACCAUCACCGUGCCAAAAGUCAUCCUUACUACCUACACCGUCACCGAAUCAGGUAGCACCGUGACCGUUCCUGACCUUGGGUACGGCACGCCGCCACCUGUUUCGCCUACUGCGUCGUCUGAGCAGGCGCCGUUACUGACGGACACCCAUUCGGCUCCAGCUCCGCCGUAUGUGACGUCUACUUCUACGUUGAUUAUUCCUGGGGUGGGGAGUUCGUUGAAGACUGAGACGAGUGCAAAGGCGACGGGCACGGCACCUGUGGCGUAUCAAGGUAGCGGAGUACGAGCGAGAGAGGUUGCGGGAGUAAUGGUGGUCAUAAUUAAAUGA